AAGGACAGUUUGGCUUUUUCUGUUAAAAACUACAGAUUAAUAUCAGAUUACAACGAAUUUUCAUUAGACGAUUCAAUGAAAAUUAAUGGCAAGUACGUCGAACCUAAACUAGUUUUGAACGCUGGCUUAGAUCGCGAGUCAAAAGAUAAAUACCAACUAACGUUAAUAGCUGAAGAUGGCGGUACUCCCGUCAAAAGCGGAUCAUUAAACAUUGAGAUAAUCGUUUCUGAUGUCAACGACAACAUACCAGUGUUUGAGAAAAAAGCUUACUACAUACAAAUCGAAGAAAACAUCCACGUCAACACAAUCAUUGGGAAGGUGAAAGCUCACGAUGGAGAUUCUGGUUUCAACGGACAAAUCGAUUACUCGCUUUCCAUAUUGAGCGCCAAUCAAUACGGACACUUCUUUGGUGUCAACGAAAUCAGCGGAGACAUCAUCGUGAAAAACGACAUAGAUUAUGAGACACAAUCUACAUACAACCUAUCAGUAAUCGCGAGAGACAAAGGUAUCGGUGCGGUCGCCGUCUCCGUUCCAGUCAUUAUAACGGUCACUGAUGUUAACGACAAUGCUCCAGAGAUCGCAAUAACUACAUUAUCAAAUGUGCAAGAUUUGGCUGAAGUGAUGGAAAACAGCAAAUUAGGCACAUUCGUGGCACAAGUAUCGGUCAAUGAUAAAGAUUCUGAACGGAAUGGAAAUUUUCAAUGUUUUCUAAAUGAAGACGUUUUUUCAAUGAAUUUGACGUUUGAAAAUGAUUAUCAGAUAUUAGUAAAUGGCAAAUUAGACCGAGAAACAAAAUCAUUCUAUAAAGUGUUAGUGCACUGUAUCGAUCUUGGCGAUGAGCCACAAACAACCCUCAAAUCUCUGAACGUUAAGAUACUCGAUGAAAAUGACAACGAUCCAGUGUUUUUGAGAGAUUCUUAUAAAGGAGAAAUUUACGAAAACAAUGUCGUCGGCGUUACAAUAUUAACAGUCAAUGCAACUGACGCCGACAGUAACGACAAUGGAAGAAUAAAUUACUUCGUCGAACCUCCGACUAUGUCUAAUUUUUUUUCAGUAGAUAAAAAUACAGGCGUGUUAAAAGCAGUCAUAUCAUUAGACAAAGAAAAAUUUAGAGAUCCGGUAAAAUUUUGGGUUGUUGCCAAAGAUAAUGGCUCACCUCCACGUUCUAGUUCAGCUGGUGUAACUAUUUUUUUACAAGAUUUAAAUGACGAAUAUCCUAUUUUCACGUAUACGAGUUAUUCAUUCGCGGUUGCAGAAAACCAGGAUGUCGGUACAGAAGUUGGAACGGUGGCUGCUCAGGAUUUAGACAGUGGGCACUUUGGCGAUGUAACAUAUUAUUUAACGUCUGACAUUUUCGAAAUUGACCACAAGUCAGGUAGAAUCACUACGUUAAAAGUACUUGACAGAGAGGAAGUCUCAGCGUAUCAUGUAAUUGUAUAUGCAAGUGACAGAGGAGUUCCGCCUCUUUCUAGUUCAGCCAGCGUUACCAUUCACGUUUCAGAUGAAAACGACAACAGUCCUGUAUUCGAUUUUCCGUCCGCCACUAACAACACUUUCCAAAUUUCAAGCCUAACUCCCCGAGAACACGUGAUCGGCAGAGUUAGAGCAAGAGAUCUUGAUACUGGCAAAAAUGGAAAAGUGAUGUAUGUGUUGAAAAAUGAUUCGUACAAUAGUAACGCUUUUGUUUUAGAGCAGGAAAUUGGAACACUAACGCUCUUGGAAGACAUCAAAGAUAAAGAUGGUUCCACAUAUGUGCUGGAAAUUACGGCACAAGAUGGCGGUGUACCACCGAGAAUGGUUUUUUCAAAACUUUACAUCCUCGUCAACAAAUCGAUACCCUUUGUAUGGAAGAAUUUGUAUUCAGAGCCGACAGCAAACACCAACUUAACCAUCAUAAUGCUGAUUGCUUCGGUAUCUGGCGUCAUAGUAACCGCGCUGAUAAUUGCUAUCGUCAUUUUAUGUAAACAGGACAGACAGAAAACUACAAAUAAAUACAACUGCAGAUUAGAAACUAUUAAACUUCAACAAGCGCAAACAUCUAAGAGUCCUGAACCAGCUACCAGCAGCGAUCAGGAAAUAAGGAAGUAUAAUUUUGUGAUGGAAGAUGCUUUGAAACACUUACAACAGCAAAACAAUCGGGAUAAUUUGUCAAAUACCUCCAAUGUAUACCAGGCUUGUCCACUGUUCUCUCCAUCAACUAAUGCUUACAGCACCUUCCCCGUUAAACAGCAUUCAUCAAAAACUUGCAAGAGUCCUCAGACAAAGCAGCGUCCAAAUCGUAACAAAGAUGAUGCAGAGAGUUUGAAAUCAGGGAAUGGAUCGAACACAGACAGUGGUCACGGACCCAGCGAAGAAGGCGAGUUUGGUCUGAAAUCAAAUUUAGUGGAUUCAUCAAAAAGCUCAAAACGACAGCUGAUCAACGACUCCAACUGUAACGCACAACAUCUUAUCAACAACAGUAAGAAGCUUAAUGCCAGCAACAACCCAAACAUCCAGACCCAGGAAAGCAUCAGCCAGCACAGUUACUCAACACAGUCGAACCUUCCGAAGAUGUCGACCUUCCAGAGAGAUUAUGGACCUGAUCUGCUACUCUCCAACCAGUACAACUACAACUCGGCCAACGGGUGUCAUGUUUACCCUGCAAAUCUGGAAGCAGAUUCAAUGAUCAACCCCAACAGUUAUCUGCCGACGUGUUCCGUUUACCACGAUUUACAACAUCAGAACAUCAACAUUGAUAACAACAUUAACAACAACAAUUUUAACAACAACAACCACUUUAACAACACCAACAGCAACUUUAACAACAACAACUUUAACAUUAACAACAACUUCAACAAUAACAUCAGCAAUAAUAACAACAACAACUUAUUGUACAGUGACAGCAACAAUCAUUUCAUGUGCGACUCAUCAGAAAGUCAGCGAAAAAUAUUAAAGAGCAACCUGGGUGUGGACGACGUGGACAUGGGAUGCGACGAGUCCUGUCGUGACGCUGACGAUGUGCCGAGGACCUCGCCAGCCUCAUACAACAAAAUGCUAGUCAAAAACAACAAACAACCGGCGACCAACAGUGUCAUCGACGCUGAAGAUUUGUGCAAUGAGAUUGAUGAGCUCUUCUUUAAAGACUUACAUCGGUCGAACAAAUGGAACAAGCCAAACUAUUAACAACCGCAUCAAGCCAAACUAAUAACACCCACUUCUGCACAAUUAUUAUAUCAGGCCACCUUCAGAGUGAUAGUGUAUAUGAACUAUUUGCUCUUUCUCUCUGUACAUAUUAAUUUAUAUUUAUUUAAAGUACAAUUUUAUUUUUUAUACAAAAUUGUCUACAUUUUUUAUGUUGACCAAAGUUUUUAAAAAGCCUGCUCAAAUAAAUGUUGGAUCGAAGAUUUGUGAGACCUGUACAUAUUUUAUUAUUCCAAAGCAUUUUAUAAUUGGUUUUGUGGUCGUGAGUCAAACGGCGUUUUUGUAACUGAUGGUUUUGUGUUGUUGUCAUCUUGUCUUGAUCUGUUCUCCAAUUGUACUCUACUUAAUUAAUCAUAUAAACAUUCAUUUUUCCCGUUUUUAUAAAAUUUGUAAAAACAGCUUAUCGAAAAAUCAAAUAUCUCAAGCAGUG